AUGGCGUCUCUCGCAUAUCGGUACUCCCGACUCCCACGCGCAACACAGCGGAUCCUCCUCUUCAUCUCCCUGGGGCUUGGCGCUUUCCUCCUCUUCCAGAUAUCCCAAUCCCCAAGCUCCGGGGUAUGGGACGCUUCUUCAGCUGCCGACCGGCGAGCGGACUCCAGUAGCAGCUCCCAACAUCAUUCAGGCGGACUGGGGCAAUGGCUGAAGAAGGCGUUCGGCCGUCCAACAAAGCCUUCAUGGCUCCAGGGCACGGACACCAUCCCUCCCGCCUACCUCUCACAUAGCGGCGGACCCAAUCUCUCUCGGCUCAACCGGACAGCCCCACGGAGAACACAACGUGGGGUAUCUCGGACCGUCAUACCGGGCAGUAAUCCCGAACAAUACCAUACGGCGCGGCUACCAACUAUUGAGGAGGCGUUUGCCAAGCUGCACCCGUUGUUGAAGAAGAUCAAGGAUGAGAAUACGGUGGUGCCGAGGGAGCAUGAGCUGUGGAGCCCGAUCUUCCCGCCUUUCCUCACGAAGGAUCAGCAGGAUCGGUACCAGCAUCUGAGGGCGGUGUGGGAUGAGGACAGGAAGGAGUGGAAUGAGGUGGAGAGGAGAUGGAUGAUGGUCACUGUGUGUAGGCAGGUAGCUGGCAUGCUUGCCGACUGGUUCGCCAUGUGGACAGUACUGGCUGAUUAUCUCGGUCCGGAAUCGCUGGUCUUCUCCCUUCUGGAGGGCGGAUCCGACGAUGGCAGCGGAGAGAUCCUAUCCGGCGCCAUGCGUACGCACCUACUUAACAUCGGCGUCCCACCAGCCAACAUCCACAUCCGCACCCUCCUCCCCCCAAUCGACUGGGAAGGGCAUCACCGUAUCGAGCUCCUGGCGGAUAUGCGGAACGCCGGUAUGAAGCCGUUCUACGACACCAUCCCAAGCGGGACCAGCCCAGAUGGGAACCCCUGGACUGGCGUCAUCUUUUACAAUGACGUCUACCUCGGAGCUGGGCAUGUCCUUGAGAUCAUGCACCAGCAUAUGUCGCAAGAGGCGGAUAUGACAUGCGGAUGGGAUCAUGCUGGUCGGUGGUUCUACGAUGGAUGGGUCGGAAGGGACAUGUCGGGUGAUUUGUAUACGCCGUUCCCGGUCAAAGAGGAGGACAAGGAUCUGCCACAAAAGCUCUUCAUCUCCUCGCCGGCCACCAGGGAGCGUCACAACCGUAUCCUUCCCUACCAAGUCUUUGCCGGCUGGAACGGUAUUGCCCUUAUGCGUCCCGACCCCUUCUAUCCUCCUUACAACGUCCGAUUCCGGCGCGGCAAACCCACCGGUCUCCCCUCCGACUACAACACCAACGAGAUCCUCAAGGACGAAUACGAGUGCCAGGCGUCCGAGUCGUCCUUCAUCAGCUGGGAUUUCUGGAAGUACGGCUUUGGGCGGAUCGCGGUGGUGCCUGGAGUACAUGCCUGUUAUGGCAAGGACGAUGCGAGAAUACGGGGCUGGGUGGAGUAUCCUGAAUUAGAGGACGAGAAGAUGGGCUAUUCGGAGAAAAUCGCGUGGGAUGAUGAGCCACCAAGAAGGGUCAGAUGUCACGAUUGGCCAGAUAAGCCAGGGAAGGGCUACUGGGCUUGGGAUACCGUCAGAUGGGUGGAACCACCAGCACUGGUCAUACCCGCGGGCGCAGACGGUCAACCACAUCCACCAGAAAUAGUUGAUGCGAAUAUCACCAAAUCCGCCUUGGUGGAGGAUUUCCCAGAGAUGGAAAUGGAGAGGCGGAGAUGA